AUGCCUCACCGCGCAGCGUCUCCGGCCAUGUCGGAGAAUGAGUUCGACAUCUCCAAGGCCCUCUUCCAGGGAGACGAUUUGGACUGGGAAACCAGCCUGGAGAAAAACGAACGGAAGAAAGCCAAGCCAAUCCAGAACCUUGACCUUCUCAGCGGAGCCGGUCUUGAGGACGACGAUGAAGAUGACGAGGCCUUUAUCGCUGCGCAUCAGGCGUCAGCAAAUCGAAAGUCAUCGAAUCUCAAGGGCAGGACGGUCAAGAAAGGAGGUGGCUUCCAGGCCAUGGGUUUGAAUGCUCAUCUCUUGAAGGCGAUUACUCGUAAAGGAUUCUCCGUGCCCACACCCAUUCAGCGCAAAACGAUCCCCGUGAUUUUGGACGACCAAGAUGUCGUUGGAAUGGCGAGAACAGGUUCCGGUAAAACGGCCGCGUUCGUGAUUCCCAUGAUUGAGAAGUUGAAGAGUCACAGCACCAAGAUCGGUGCCAGAGGGUUAAUCCUAUCACCCUCCCGAGAACUGGCGUUGCAGACUUUGAAGGUUGUUAAGGAGCUUGGACGUGGCACAGAUCUCAAGUCGGUGCUUUUGGUUGGUGGAGACAGCUUGGAGGAACAAUUCGGUUUCAUGGCUGGGAACCCCGAUAUCGUCAUUGCUACCCCGGGUCGAUUCUUGCAUUUGAAGGUCGAGAUGAAUUUGGAUCUCUCGAGUAUCCGAUAUGUCGUGUUUGAUGAAGCCGAUAGGCUGUUUGAAAUGGGUUUCGCCGCUCAAUUGACGGAAAUCUUGCACGGACUGCCACCCACUCGCCAGACGCUGCUGUUCUCUGCUACGCUUCCGAAGUCCCUUGUAGAAUUUGCCCGCGCCGGUCUGCAGGAGCCCACGCUGAUCCGUCUUGAUGCUGAGAGCAAGAUAUCGCCUGACCUUCAGAAUGCUUUUUUCUCAGUCAAGUCUGCAGAGAAGGAAGGCGCUCUGAUCCACAUUCUACAGGAAGUUAUCAAGAUCCCCACGGGCCCUACGGAGACUUCUCAGCGGUUGAGUGAACAGGCUGCAGAUGCAAAGAAGAACCCCAAGAAGAGAAAGCGAAUUGAGCUGGAAAAGACCGUCAAACAUAAUGAAUCGCCUACUAAGCAUUCUACAAUCAUUUUUGCGGCUACCAAGCAUCACGUCGAUUACCUCACCUCCCUGCUCCGUGAGACAGGAUGGGCAGUGUCAUAUGCGUACGGUUCUCUGGAUCAGACUGCCCGUAAGAUUCAGGUGCAGAACUUCCGCACUGGCAUCACGAACAUCCUAGUCGUCACAGAUGUCGCUGCCAGAGGUAUCGAUAUCCCUGUUCUUGCAAACGUCAUCAACUAUGACUUCCCAUCUCAGCCAAAGAUCUUCGUUCACCGUGUUGGUCGAACUGCUCGAGCCGGUCAGAAAGGAUGGAGUUAUAGUCUUGUUCGGGACUCUGACGCCCCGUAUCUGCUUGACCUUCAGCUCUUUCUUGGAAGGAGACUCGUCUUGGGUCGUCAAUACGGUGAUCAGGUCAACUUUGCCGAUGAUGUUGUUGUUGGCAGCCUACCCAGAGACAUUCUCGCACGGUGCUGUGAAUGGGUGACGAAAUUGGUCGACGAAAAUGUGGAUAUUGAGUCUCAACGUGGUGUUGCUGCUAAGGGAGAGAAGCUCUACAUGCGCACCAGGAACUCUGCUUCCGCUGAAAGUGCGAAAAGAGCCAAGGAGGUGGUAGGUUCGGACAAUUGGAUGGCUCUCCAUCCGUUGUUCAACGACGAGGCGAGCCAGAUGGAGAUUGAAAGAGAGAAGAUGCUCGCCAGAGUUGGCGGCUACCGACCAUCGGAGACUAUUUUCGAAAUUGGCGGCAGACGUGCUGGCAAGAAGGUAGAUGAUGAAUCUGCUGAUAUGAUGAAGAGGAUCCGGACAACCCUUGACAAGAAGAAAAAGAAUCGCGCCGAAGGCCGUUCUGAGUUCUUGGAAGGCUCAUCUACUCAGCUACAGAAGACUGAUUCGACUGAGAAAGACGAUGGCGAUAACGGCUUUUCUGACGAGGAUGACGAAGCUACUGGAGAGGUCCCCGAUAACAUGUCGCUGGCAUCUGAUUCUGAGCUCGAGGUUACGUUUUCGUCCUACAACGCCUCUGGGAAAGAUAAAUCGAAAACAAACGUCUCUGCAGCGUCCUUCCAGAAUCCGGAGUACUUCAUGUCUUACACCCCUGCCAAUCAUUCACUUGCUGAAGACCGAGCCUACGGUGUCCAUUCCGGAACAAACUCGAAUUUCGUCCAAGCUUCUCGCACCGUCACCAUGGACCUUACAGGAGACGAAGGAGCUGCAGGUUCUGCGGAGCCACGUUCUGGCAUGCGCUGGGACAAGCGACACAAGAAGUACGUCUCUCGUCGCAAUGACGAAGAUGGUUCUAAAGGCACACGUCUUGUCCGCGGUGAGAGUGGAACCAAGAUUGCAGCUACCUUCAGAAGUGGACGAUUCGACGCCUGGAAGAAGGGCAAACGGAUCGGCCGUUUGCCUAGGGUUGGUGAGGCCGAAGCUCCCGGUAUGGGUGCUGAUCUCAAUGCUGCCGGAGGAAAGAGAUAUAGACACCGCAAGGAGCAGGCUCCCAAGGCGGCCGACCCUCUGCGUGGUGACUACGAGAAGAAAAAGAAGAAGCUUGAGGCAGCCAAGGAGAGGCUGAACGCCGCUCCUGGCGGAGCUGGGCAUCGGGCGAAGAAUGAGUUGCGCACCAACGAAGACAUCCGGAAGGCAAGAAAGCUGAAGGAAAAGAGACGAGAGAAGAACGCCCGGCCAUCGAAAAAGAAGAAGUUCUAG